AUGCAGGACGCCUCCCAGCUCCAACAUCAAUUGCAAAUGGGCGGUCCUAUCAAUGCCCAGGCCAUGUAUCCUCUCCAGUUUCAAAAGUCUCAACAACAACAACAGCAACAGCAGCAACAGCAGCAACAGCAGCAACAGCAGCAGCAACAACAACAACAACAACAACAACAACAACAACAACAACAACAACAACAACAACAACAACAACAACAACAACAACAACAACAACAACCACAAUCUCAGCAACAUUCAUCUCAGCUUUACUUUUCUCAACAACAGCAACAACAACAAAAUGCUAAUCUCGCUAACCUUCAACUACGACAGGCCGCCGGUUUAGGUGUUGCUACCUCCUCUCCAGUGGUUGCCGCUGUACCAUCUGUAACUUCCCCAAACUCUGCCAUCAUCUCAACAACCACCUCCACAACAACUACAACUGCUACCGCUACACCAGGAAAACCUUCUGACCAGCAACAACAAGGCAUACUUGCUCCUGAACCAUUGGAUCCUGCUCUUGCCAACUCACAGUUUUGGCAGCAACAAACCCAACUCGCCAUUGCUUCUUCAAAGGCUACCCAAUCUCAUAUUUAUGCCCGUAAUGCAGCUUUGGCCUCUCGCGCAUCUCACGCACCUCAAGGUUCCCAGCCUCAGGUCCCCCUCACCAUUUAUGAACAAGCCAUGCAAUUUGUUGCCCAAAAUAUCCAUGCCCAUCACUUUGCUGCCCAAGCCGCUCAUGCUGCUCAUGCUUCAGGUUCAGGUGCCGCAUCUUCUUCUUCGACUCAUAGCUCAACGAUUGCAGGGAGUGCAACAACAAUAGUAGCACCCCAUAAUACCCAGAAUGCUGCAAACAAUAAUAACAACAAUUCUGGCUCUAGUGGAAGUACUAAUCCUACUACAACUCCUAAUACCGGAAAUGCCAUUAAUACUACUGGUUCGGCCCCAACUACAUCAGCAACAACAACCACAGUUACAUCUACAACCACUACCACUACUACUACCACGUCUUCAUCUUCUACAAAUGAAUCUUCUAGCGCCAGUGGAGCACCCUCAACUCCAAGCAAAUCUUCUAGAAUCUCUGCCUCUCUCACAGGCCUUCACCACAUGAAUCAGCGUAAAGAACAAAUGGAAGAUGAACGCCAACGUCAAAUUAAUGAGCAAGUUAAAAAACAAUUUUGGACUGCAAUUGAUCUUUCUGGUCAAAGUCUUCCUAAGAUUUCUCCCAAGCUCUUUAAUUAUGAUUUUUUGCAAAAGCUCUACCUGGCUCAUAAUAGGCUCGAGUACCUGCCCUCAUCCAUCAAGCAUCUCACACAACUUAAGAUCCUUGACGUAUCAUCCAACCGCCUUACUUCCCUCCCUAAUGAACUGGGCUUGUUGUACCAUCUCCGCUAUUUGUUCUUUUUCGAUAAUCAGAUUCAACACUUACCUCUUCAGUUUGGUUCUCUUUUCCAGCUCGAUUUUAUGGGCAUAGAAGGUAAUCCUCUCGACAAUGAAACACGCACCAUUAUGGCAACUGAGGGUACUCGUGCUGUGAUUUUCAAUCUUCGCGACAAGGCUCCCCGUGAUGUUGAUCCACCUCCUCGUGAAUGGCGUGUGUUUGAAGGUAAUGUUGUUUCGGUCGGUACUCUCCCCACUUCGUCGAGUGCAAAGAAUUCGAUUCUUAAUAGUUUCAAGGACACUGAAAGCAACAAUCAUAAUAAUAAUAAUAAUAAUAAUAAUAAUAAUAAUAAUAAUAAUAACAACAACAAUACAUCAGUUAAUACCUCUACAAAUCCUGCGUCGGAAUCUUUUACGGUGCUGAGUUACAAUAUUUUGUGUGAUACAUAUGCAACCCCCUCUAUGUAUUCUUAUACACCAUCAUGGGCCAUUGAGUGGUCGUACCGGUCUAAGCACCUUCUUCAAGAACUGCAAUACUACAAUCCGGACAUUAUAUGCUUGCAGGAGGUUGACCGAUACAAUUACGAAGCGUUGUUUGCGCCAACAAUGCGCAAGCGAGGCUAUGAAGCCCACUACAUGCAAAAGACACGCAGUAAGCACAGUGAUGUUGAUGAAACCCGGGUGGACGGUUGUGCAACUUUUUACCGAGCCGACAAGUUCAAGCUUGUUGAGCGUGCUGGAGUUGAAUUUGCACAAGCAGCUCGCGAGAAUGCAGAUCUGCGCAAGGGCCAGGAUACUUUUAAUCGAUUUUUGAAUCGUGACAAUGUGGCUAUGAUUUUGGUGCUGGAGCAUAUUGAAAGCGGCCGACUAUUGGUUGCUACCAAUACGCACUUGCAUUGGGAUCCUGCGUAUAAGGAUGUCAAGGUAAUGCAAAUUGUCAUUUUGCUCGAGGAGCUGGCAAAAGUGAUAAAGCGAUAUGCUGGUAGUGGCCGUGAUGGGAAUAACAGUAGCAGCAGUAGUAGCAACAAUAACAACAAAAGACAUGCAGAUAUUAAGAAUGUCCCUGCAAUUAUUUGCGGUGAUUUUAAUAGUACUGCGGAUUCUGGUGUAUGCUCGCUAUUGUUGAGCGGCCAUAUUCGAGACCAUGAGGAUCUUGCAGGCCGGUCCUAUGGCCGGUACUCUUCUGAAGGUACGUCGCACGACUUUUCCUUCAAGAGCUCUUAUGAGGGGCUUAAGGAUGAGCUUAAGUUUACCAACUUUACGCCUAACUUUGUUGAGGUGAUUGAUUACAUUUUCUUUGCGGAUCAGGCUCUGGAAGUGAAGGGUGCAUUGGGUCCCAUGGAUAUUGCUUACAGCUCGACUCACGUUGCUAUUCCAGAUGCUUCGCACCCAUCAGAUCACAUUCCAAUUAUGGCUGAGUUUGCGUUUAAAAAGUUGCGUGAAAAGGCUCCAUCUCACCCACCUGUAAAUUUUAGUUCUAUGUCACGUAAAACAUAA